GUUGACUAGCUGCUACCAGUAAAGAGUACACUCGGUCCACACAAAGAAAAACUUUGGUUUGUUUCUAGUUUGUCCUGCGUUAACAAAAAUGCCACUGGAGAAUCUAGAGGAAGAGGGUUUGCCCAAGAACCCGGACCUGAGGAUAGCUCAGUUGAAGUUUCUGCUCACGAUGGACGGUCACCGACAGGAUGCUAAAGUGAAGACUGAGCUCAUGGACGCUAUCAAAGCUAACAAUAUGGCUCCAUAUUAUGAGGGUCUGUGUAAAGAGCUGAAGUGGCAGCUGGACAACGAGCUGCUAAAUAAAAUGAAGAAGGCRAACGAAGAGGAGCUGAAGCGCCUGGAUGAUGUUCUGGAGGAUGCAGAGAAYAAUCUGGGAGAGAGUGAGAUAAGAGACGCAAUGAUGGCCAAAGCUGAAUAUUUAAUCCGGAUUGGGGAUAAGGAAGGUGCACUAACAGCCUUCAGAAAAACCUAUGACAAAACUGUGGCUCUGGGUCACAGAUUAGACAUAGUCUUUUACCUGCUGAGGAUCGGCCUUUUCUACAUGGACAGUGACCUCAUCACACGCAACUCUGAGAAAGCCAAGAGCCUCAUUGAGGAGGGCGGUGACUGGGACAGGAGGAACCGUCUGAAGGUUUACCAGGGUCUUUACUGUGUGGCCAUCAGAGACUUCAAGCAAGCUGCUGAGCUCUUCCUCGACACGGUCUCCACGUUUACCUCCUAUGAACUCAUGGACUACAAAACCUUUGUUACUUACACCGUCUAUGUCUGCAUGAUCGCCCUGAAAAGGCCUGACCUCCGCGAGAAGGUGAUAAAAGGAGCAGAGAUCUUGGAGGUCCUUCACAGRCUGCCGGCUGUCCGCCAGUAUCUUUUCUCGCUCUACGAGUGCCGUUACAGCGUCUUCUUCCAGUCGCUGGCCAUGGUGGAGCAGGAGAUGAAGAAAGACUGGCUGUUUGCCCCACACUACCGCCACUAUGUGAGGGAGAUGAGGAUCCAGGCCUACAGCCAGCUGCUGGAGUCGUACCGCUCGCUCACGCUGGGAUACAUGGCAGAGGCCUUCGGUGUCAGCACCGAGUUCAUUGAUCAGGAACUCUCCCGAUUCAUAGCUGCCGGCCGUUUGCACUGUAAAAUCGAUAAAGUUAACGAGAUCGUGGAAACCAAUAGGCCUGACAGUAAAAACUGGCAGUACCAGGAAACCAUCAAAAAGGGUGACCUGCUGCUCAACAGAGUCCAGAAGUUGUCCAGAGUCAUCAACAUGUAACCUCAGCGGCCAUCUUUAUUACAGCGAGACUUGCAUUUUUUUUUUCUUGGUAAACCUGUUUGUCUGACAAAGUGACUCUUAUAUUGUGUAUAUAAUAAAACCUGUUUAACUAAAA